AUGGAUUCCCACUACACCCUCUGUGACAUCGAGUUUGAUUUCCAGGAGGAUGUUCUCAAUGGGAAACCAUCAAAGUGGUUCCCCCUAAAGCCACGUGUGUCAGUCUACAUGGACAGUGAGCAGCAGUGUGCCAUUCUUUUUCAACACCUGAAAGCUCUGCUGGAUAAUUCUAAAACUCAACUGAACUUCACAGAUGAAGUGGAGUUCAUUUGUAGUUUUCUUUUUCCUGAGGCCAUCAUUCAUGGCCUAUGUGAGAUGCAGGCAUUAUCCUGGCAGGAAGCUGAGGAGGUUUUCCUCCAUGGCCCUACUUAUCACCCUAGCAACAUCUACAGCCGAAUCCACAACUAUGCCUGCACCAUUAUUUACAACAAUUGCACCAUCAUCUACAAGUCAACCAACAACAACAACUGCACCACCAAAUACAUCCCAACUACCAACAACAACGACGACUGCACCAUCAUCUACAUCCCAACCAACGACUGCACCAACAUCUACGAUUCAACUAACAACUCCACUAACUACAACCCAACCACCAACAGCUGCAACAACAUCUACAACUGCACAUACAACUUCAACUCAGCCAAUAACAAUUGCACCAACAACGAGUGUACCAACAUCCACAACCCGAUCAACAACAAUUUCAGCAACAUCUACAGCCGAUUCCACAACUACACCUACACCAUCAUCUACAAGUCAACCAGCAACAAUGACUGCUUCAACAUCUACAACUUUACCACCAACACCAGCGACAACAUCUACACCAAUAUCCACCACCCAACAAAUGUCAAAUCCACCAACUACAGCUCAACAAACAACAAUUGCACUAACAUCUACAAUUCAGCAAACAACUGCACCAACAUCUACAACCCAACCACCAAUAACCAUCUUACCAACAGCUGCAACAACAUUUACAACUCAACAAACAACACCAACUACAACCCAACCACCAACAGGCGCAACAUUUACAACUCAACUAUCAACUCAGUCAACCACAACCCAAAUAAAUACAACUGCACCAACUACAACGCAACAAACAACAACUGCACUAACAUCUACAAUCCAGCAAACAACUGCACCAACAGCUACAACCCAACCACCAAUAACAAUCUUACCAACAUCUACAAUCCAACCAACAACAAUGGCUGCACCAUCAUCUACAUCCCAGCCAACGACUGCACCAACAUCUAUAAUUCAACUAAAAACAAAAACUGCAUCAACGUUUCCAACUCAAACACCCCCACCAACAACAAUGGCUGGACCAACAUCUACAAUUCAACUAACUACAACCCAACCACCAACAGCUGCAACAGCAUAUACAACUCAAAUAGCAUCAACUCUAUCAAUUACAACCCAACCACCAACAGCUGCUACAACUCAACCGAUAACUAAAACUACACCAACUACAACUCAAAUAACAACAAUGUCUACAACCCAGACAACUUCUGAAACAAUAUCUACAACUCAA